UAAACAAUUAAAAAGUCUGAGUUAAGUUCGGUCGCUAACGGCAAUAUUUUAAUGCUGGUGGCAAAUUAUUUUUUCAUUCAAUGAACCCCACGUAAUGAUGAUCACAGGCUCAAAGCUUGCAUAGAAAAUAACCAAUAAAGUGUCUCUGGCUCAGGAAGGGGGCUAUUGUCAAGUAAGAAGAACGAGGGUUUAAGAACUCAUUCUUAAGUUAGCUCCGAAAGGGACAUUGUAGUCGUGAUGGUAAGAAUGAUGAAUGGUGGCAGCGGUGGGAGACAAGAAAAUAAGAUAUGGUCGUUAAUCCAUGGUCCUCGUUUCUUGACAAUGCUACUGAUAAUAUCCAUGAUCCACGUAGCAGCAAGUCAGAACAAGAUGAGUACUCUUGAUCAAGGUUUGAACAAGAUUCGAUCACCAAGUAGUGUCAAGACAGCAGGCAAAACCAAAACUCAAUCUAGCAGGAUUUGUAACACCACAGAAUGUGCUGAUGUUGCCAAUCAAAUCAGAAGAGUUAUGAACCCGAGCGUGGACCCGUGUGAUAACUUUUAUGAGUUUGUUUGUGGCCGUUUUCGGGAACAAAAUCCAUUGAAUGGAAAAUGGGUCACUAAUACGUAUAGAAAAAGAGGUUGGUGGUUUCGAAGGUAUCUAAAAGAAAAACUGAUAAAAGGGCUAGCCAAACUCAACGGGGUAAGCGAUGAAGUAAUGCAAAUACCUUCGGACAUCUACAAAUCGUGUAUGAACUUGAAAGCCAUUGACAAGGAGGGUGAUGCACCAUUAAAGCAACUCAUCCGAGAAUUCGGAGGAUGGAGUUUGGUAGAGGAAAAUGGACAGUGGGACGAGAACAACUGGGAUUUUGCGAAGGCUCUUCUAGCAAUUCAUCGUAACUAUAUAUCCAAAGGGCCAUUAUUCGAAGUGAAAGCCUUCUACGAUGCUGCUGCCGACAGUAGCAGAUUUGUUUUUGAGAUUGAUGAGGCGCCAUUCAAGGGAUCUUACUCACCACCAAAGGUUGAUGCCUAUCGAAGUCUGAUCCGUCACAUAGCAUUCUUUCUGGGAGGACGUACCAAUCUUGAUGGGAAAGUACAGGAGUUGGUUGAUUUCGAAGCCAAACUUGCAAAGUUGGGUUUACCCCCACGAGACAUAAUCCGAACCACAUUUAACAGGAUGACUGCCGCGGAUCUACAAAGAGAAAUGCCUACGUUCAACUGGUACAACCAUCUACAAGGAAUGUUUGYUCCGAAACACCUUCCUAAAACGGAAACUUUCGAAGUGUCUAGGCUGCCAUACCUAAAAGGUGCCAUGGAAUUAGUUAACAAUACAUCCAAGAGUGUGUUAUCCAAUUAUUUGGUAUGGUACGUGAUUAAGGACGAGAUCCCUUACAUGUCAUCGUUCUAUAGACGUCAAUAUGAACAAUAUCAAAGGAAUACUUGGAACGAACGUUGGGCGAAAUGUAUUGAUGAUAUAAACACAUAUUUUACAAGAGACAUAAUAGGUGCUGGAUUUUUAGCAGAUAACUUUACCAACAAUUUGAAUAUUAUCAAACCGAUUGAAGUCAUGGUGAAUGAGAUACGAGAUGCUUUCAAGGAGAAUGUGAACUCUCUUACAUGGGUUGAUGAUCACACCAAAAGAGCAAUAAUGGACAAGGUAAAUGGGAUGAAAAGUGAGGUUGGCUUCCCCAAAUAUCUCCUGGACCCUGUAGAAGUUAGCAAGAAAUUUAAAAAAUACAAGAAUCUGAACAUCAGGAACGAUACACUACUCAGCAACAAAAUAACCAUCAUGAAGGUCAAGCAAAAAGAUAUGUUAGCAAAAUUCCAAAAACCCAUGGAUAAAGGAGAGUGGAACUUAAUAUACGCACAAAGCGUUAGUGGUGAAAGCAACCCUUAUACGAAUAUGUUAUUCGAAUACCAUCUCUUUACAUUUAUCAGCAUUCAGCUGGAACUAGUAGUUGUUUUAGUGCAUUUUGCAUUGGUACAUUUUAGUACCUAUAAAGUCAUAAAUACUCAUUGCAAUAUCCCUGAGUGUUGUUAUGUGCUUUUAGGUUGGAAGUUCAACAAGGAUGGAGAAGUAAAAGGUCAGCUUUGGACAAACCAAGCAAUUACUAGAUUUCAUGAUCGACUUCCGUGCUUUGAAAAACAGUACUCACAGUAUUAUGUAUCAGGAUUUCAAGUCAACGGCACUAAGACUCUUGACGAAAACCUUUCAGACGUCAACGGCUUGAAAGCGGCUCUCAAGGCAUAUCACAAUUGGGCAAAGCUAAAUCCCAGUGAAAAAUGGCUGCUACCAGGACUGAAUUUCACCAAUGAACAGCUCUUCUACAUUGGAUUUGGUCAGAGCUACUGUACUAACUUCAUUCCUAACUACGCCAGAUACAUGUUCCAAAAUCAUAUAUAUCCAACGCAUGACAUCAGGGUGAUCGGUACAUUAGUUAACUCUUGCGAGUUUGCCAACGCGUUCAAGUGCAAGAAAAACAGUCCAAUGAAUCCUUUGGAGAAAUGUGCACUUUGGAAUCAAAAAGGGUCGUUGUUCUAGUCACAUGUCCUUUUCCAAAACUUUCAAACGGAACGGAUCUUUCUAAUAUUAGCUGUUAUUGUUUCAAUAGAAUGUAUAUCCUAAUUUUGACCUGGAGGCUACCUCAAAAAGACACUCCUACAUCAUUUUACAUAAUAAUAAAAAUAUAUUUAAAUAAAUCUUCUAAAUGAAUUAAAUAAA